GUCGCUUUCGCUGCCGCGGUGGGGACCGCGAGGGGGAGCGAGAGGGGGAGCGCGCGCGUUUCGUGCCUCGAUCUGGACCAGCUGGGCCGGCCAUGGUGCGAGUGUCGCGUGGCAGGGCAAGGACAGCGGGCUCGGCGUGUUGAGAAGGUUAGGUAUCUUGUAAAUUACAAGUGUAUAUCUCCAAACAGGCCGUGUACUGUUGCUUCAAGGUGAAAGAAAGUAACGAGGGUGGGUAUGCUGGAGGCUGGAAGCUCGGGCGUUUGCGAAGUUAACUGGCCCACCAUGCCUGCCCGAAGUUCCGCCGGAGCAUCAUCACAGCUUCCCACCGGAGCUUCGAGCCCUCAUUUCACAAGCCCCCGCCGCCCCCACCACCGCUCACCUACACUCCAUCGACCCCUCUGUCCCCGGCCUACCGUUCAAAAUGGGUGAUCCGCAGUUCGCAAAAUUCCCGGACCUGCAGUUGGCCCAACACAUCUUCCAGCUCACCAAUCCGUCGUCCUCCAAGUCCACCAAACAAGCCUCUCUCAAAUCGGUGCAAGAUGCCAUCCAGGAGAAGAAAAUGGCGCCGCUCUACCGGUACCUCGCACAUCCGGUCGACGGCGUAUUGAAUGCCCCGGGCGAAGGCAGCGCACAACAGCCUGCUGGCCACCGGAGACCGUCGUCAAGCGCGGCCACCAUGCUCGCCACCAAGAACCCCAACCUCGAGGUACCGUUGGCGUGGGACGAGAAGCUUUACGAGUCAUUGAAGGCGGAAAAUGAGAAGGAACUUGACGCCAUACAGAAAGAGGAAGACGAGGCGGCGGAGAAGGCGGGCGAGACCGAAGUGCAGGCCGCGCGGGGCAAGCGCGCUGAGCUAUAUAACCGCAUCGGUGACAAGGAGAAAGCCAUUGCCAGCUACGAGGCCAUCUUCGAGAAAACGGGCAUCCUAGGCACCAAGAUCGAUCUCGUGCUCGCCAUAAUACGCGUUGGACUCUUCUUCGGCGAUAAGAUCUUGGUCAAGAAGACGAUUGAGCGGGCAAGUGCUCUUGUGGAGAGCGGUGGCGAUUGGGACCGCCGGAAUCGUCUCAAGGCAUACCACGGGCUGCAUCUUCUCACCGUUCGGUCACACGCACAAGCCGCGCCGCUGCUUCUAGACAGUCUGUCCACCUUCACCAGCUAUGAGCUCUGCAAUUAUUCCUCGUUGGUCAUCUAUGCCAUCCUGGCGGGUUCGGUAUCGCUCAAGCGCGUGGACUUCAAGUCAAAGGUUGUGGACGCGCCUGAGAUCAAGGCCAUUGUAGGUGGCAACCAGGAGGACAAGAUUGCUGCGAUAACUGGACAGGCCUCUGCUGGACCUGCGGCUGGCGAUGAGGAGAUGGCAGAUGCUUCGGGCUCUACAUCGACCCCGGUACCGACUGCAGUGAACCUCACAACACUGGGACAGCAGCAAGAUACUUCGGAAACCGCUAUAGACUUCAACCCUCUCGCAAAGCUCGUCAAGAGCCUUUACGAGGGUGAUUACAAGAACUUCUUCGGGGCCCUGGCUGAGGUCGAGGUCAACUUCCUGAGCCAGGACCGGUACCUUUUCGAGCACAAGAGUUGGUAUGUGCGAGAGAUGCGCCUGCGCGGUUACCAGCAACUCCUCCAGUCAUACCGUGUGGUCGGUCUGCAGAGCAUGGCCCACGACUUCGGGGUGAGCGUCGACUUCUUGGACAAGGACCUUGCUAAAUUCAUUGCUGCUGACCGCAUCCCAUGCACCAUUGACCGCGUCAAGGGCAUCAUCGAAACCAACCGACCAGACGACAAGAACAAGCAGUACGCGGACGUAGUGAAGCAGGGCGACCAGCUGAUUACCAAGCUGCAGAAGUACGGGCAGGCUGUCAGGUUACGGGGUAGCGAACGCGGUUGAGCGAAUCACCAAGUGUAUGAUCAGCGGGAGAGUGGUGGAGCUCAGUGGACUAAAUAGCUAGAGCUAUUGGGCGAUUAUUCGCGCAAACACCAGGCACAAAGCCAUUUGAACAUCU